AUAUAUAGGCCCACACAUCAGUUACAAUCAUCAGAGUUCUAAAUUAACACCUGCCAGCAGGCCCAAUGCUCAUGAAAAUUCAGUUUGCCUGGUAGAAAAUACAAACUUACUUCUAUAUGGCUGGUGGUGAAAAAAAAGUUAAAUUAGAGCCCUGGUUACAAGUUUAGACUUCUUCAAUGUCGAAAUCAAUACACAUCCAACACAUGCUGUUUUUAGGGUGUAAAACUGUAAAAUCAAAAGGCCAAAUGGGCAACACAAGUCCACAAGUAACGUCAUCUAAAGUUGUUGCGAUUUUGUGACUGACUGUAUUGUGAUUUAUGGUGUUUAAAAAAACCUGCCAUGUGCAUUGCUGUCUAUACCAGGAAUCAUUCAAGGCCGAUAAUAAACGUCAUAGGCCUACAUAGAACAGUGUUUUCCCCUUACCAGGACAUUAACCGAGUUAAGUUUUUCCAGAGCUUUUUAUUUUUUGUAGAUGUGUGAUCUAGUUUUAUAGACAUGUCACAUCGCGAGGUCUUAUGGGACAUGUGAAAGAGUGUCACGGAACGCACACCACCACCUAUAGCCUAUUGAGUAUGUAUGUAUAACGGGAGUUGGUGCAUUUGAUUUGAUCUGGCGUUUCGAGCCCAAGAUCCCGCUCAACUGCUGCGCUGUCGUUGCCUCCUCGAAUUGAGUCCGCCCCCUUCCAGCGUGAAAAUGAGUCGCUGUAUCUCUUCCCUCAGUUUUGGAUAGUGGUGUGACUGCGCCACACUGCUUUGCUUUGCCUGGAAACUAGUGUCUGAGACCUAGAGGGAGUACAGAACCGAACAGCACGCACGGGACACGUUGCUGGGUUGAUUCUAGAACUCCUCUGGCCGCGUCGUGCCGUGGAGGUUCCGAUCGGGCAUUCAGACUUUCAGCAUUACAGCUACUGACACUUGGGAACUCUUUUCAGUUUAUGUGAUAAUCCAUACUGGCAUUAUAAGUGGCUACUGUAUACCUGCGAGGUCGUCUGUAGUUGCUUUGGAUUAUAAAGAGUGAGUGGGGGGAUUGCCCUUUUACGCGUGAAAAGUGUCCACCCGUGCCAAUUCAGGUGGACACGCAAAGCCCCUCUCGGACGGUCAAUGCCAUUCGGAGGACUGACGCCACUGAAGUGAUAUGAAGAACGAAAGCUGGAGAAACUGAACUGACAGAAUCCAGCAGCAGAGUGGUGAAGAUUUGAAAGAUCUGCAGAGUGAGAGGAAGAGAGAGAGAGAGGGAGAGAGGAAGAGGGUGAUUAUAGUGGACAAGAGAGGAAGAGAGAAGAGAAAGAGAGAGAGAGAGAAGAAAGAAGGAAGAGAAGAAAAGAGUUUUUUUGGACUAGUAAGGAGAAUCAACAGACACAGCCAUGGGGAGGAAAAAGAUUCAGAUCGCGAGGAUUAUGGACGAACGCAACAGACAGGUGACGUUCACCAAGCGCAAGUUUGGCCUGAUGAAGAAGGCGUACGAGCUGAGCGUGCUGUGCGACUGUGAGAUCGCUCUGAUCAUCUUCAACAGCACCAACAAGCUGUUCCAGUACGCCAGCACCGACAUGGACAAGGUGCUGCUCAAGUACACCGAGUACAACGAGCCGCACGAGAGCAGAACCAACUCCGACAUCGUGGAGACUCUGCGGAAGAAGGGUCUAAAUGGGUGUGACAGCCCCGACAUCGACGCUGAUGACUCAGGCCACAGCCCCGAAUCAGAGGACAAAUAUCGCAAAAUCAACGAGGACAUUGACCUGAUGAUCAGCAGACAGAGACUCUGUGCCCUCCCCCCAUCCAGCUAUGACAUGCCGGUGUCCAUCCCGGUGUCCAACCCCAACAGUCUGAUCUACAGCCACCCUGGGGGGUCACUGGGGAGCCCCAACCUGCUGCCCCUGGCCCACGCCCACGCCCACGCCCACCCCUCCCUGCAGAGGAGCAGCAUGAGCCCAGGGGCCCAGCACAGACCCCCCAGCACUGGCAACGCAGGGGGCCUGAUGGGAGCAGACAUGACUGGAGUGGGAGGCAGUGCUGGUAACGGAUACGGUAACCACCGCAACUCCCCGGGCCUGCUGGUGUCUCCCGGCAACCUGAGCAAGGGCAUCCCGGCCAAGUCCCCGCCCCCCAUGGCCAUGAGCAUGGGCGGCCGCAAGCCGGACCUCAGAGUGCUCAUCCCCCCCGGAUCCAAGGCUACCAUGCCCUCCAUCAAUCAGAGAAUAAACAACUCCCAGUCUGCCCAGUCAUUGGCCACUCCUGUGGUUUCCGUAGCAACACCCACACUGCCAGGCCAGGGGAUGGGGGGCUACCCCUCAGCCAUAUCCACCUCCUAUGGCACAGAGUAUUCUCUGAGCAGUGCUGAUCUCUCCUCCCUGUCGGGCUUCAGUGGUUCCGGUUCUCUGCAUCUGGGCUCCAUGAGCGGCUGGCAGCAGCAGCACCUGCAGAGCAUGCAGCACAGCUCCAUGGCACACCUGGGAAACUGCAAUAGCAGCCACUUAAUGCAGAGCUCCAACCUGUCCCUGCCCUCCUCCCAGAGCCUGCACAUCAAGACCGAGCCCGUUUCUCCUCCCAGAGACCGCGUGGGGGGUGGUGGGGGUCAGCAGGGGGGCUACGGCGCGCCCCAGCAGCAGCAGCAGCAGCAGCAGCAGCUUCCACCCCAACAGCAACAGCAGCAGCAGCAGCAGCAGCAGCAGAUCCCCCAGGGCCAUCCAGGACACCAGGCCCAGCAGCAUCUGCGGCAGGAGUCGGGCCGGUCCCCGGGAGACAGCCUGAGCAGCUGCGGGAGCUCGUACGACGGGAGCGAUCGCGAGGAGCAGCAGCAGGGAGGAGGAGGGCAGCGCGGCGGCGGCGGCGACUACCACUCCACGGCUCUGGGGGCGCUGCGGCCCCCGCAGGAGGAGCGGGAGAGCCCGUCCGUGAAGCGCGUGCGCCUCUCCGAGGGCUGGGCGUCCUGAUCGCUCUCAAGGUGUCGGCUGACGUCGCCCGACAUCCCCCCCCCCCCCCCCCUCCUAAAAAGCCUAUCGUCGUCACUGCCACUUUUGCCACACGAAUCUACCCUACUACCCUACCACCACCA